AUCACCAAUCGCUGCUUGGCAUUCAUAAUUUGAGUGACCCAAACAUUAACAGGAAGCAAAGAAGGACGUGCUUUCCAUUUACAGUCCUUCCCACAAAUCAAAAACGCAUACUAUUCUUUUUCAAAUCUUUUUUUUUUUUUUUAUAAUUAAUUAUUAUUCCCCCAUCUCACAAACUCUUGAUCUUUCUUUUCCAAUCAUUAUCAAGAUUUGAUAUUAUUCAUUUCGUCAUUUACGUUCAUCAAUCAAUCUUCCUCAACAUUCCAGAUUUGUCUGCAUCAAUCUAUUUAGGGUUCAUUUUAGGGAGUAGACUAUCUUCUCCCCUUGUUUUUUGUGUGUGUGGAGGAAAAGAAGAGUUUUUGGUGGUGAAAACUGUGAUGCGUUAUUUACUUAGAAGAUGAAGUCAGAUAAAGAUUGGCGUUUAGGCAUGGGUGAUAUGCAGUUAUUGCCUGGGUCUCGCCACCGUCCUCAUAUGAAAAAGCCAACGUGGAUUAUUGUCUUGGUGUUAUUUGUAUGCGUUUUUCUAAUAUGCGCUUAUAUGUACCCGCCGCAAAGUAGUUCAGCCUGUUAUAUCUUCUCUUCUAGAGGGUGCAAGCGUUUUUCUAAUUGGCUUCCACCUGUUCCUGCAAGAGAAUACACUGAUGAGGAGAUUGCAUCGCGUGUUGUGAUUAAGGAUAUUUUGAACUCACCACCAGUUGUUUCGAAAAAAUCAAAGAUUGCCUUCAUGUUUUUGUCCCCUGGUUCUCUGCCAUUGGAAAAAUUGUGGGACAACUUUUUCCAAGGUCAUGAAGGGAAGUUCUCUGUUUAUGUGCAUGCAUCGAAGACUAAACCAGUUCAUGUGAGCCGUUAUUUUGUCAAUCGCGAUAUACGCAGUGACCAGGUGGUGUGGGGUAAAAUUUCUAUGGUUGAUGCAGAGAGACGGCUGUUGGCAAAUGCCCUUCAAGAUCCUGAUAACCAGCACUUUGUUUUACUUUCUGAUAGUUGUGUGCCUCUGUAUCAUUUUGACUAUAUUUACAAUUAUCUGAUGCAUACGAAUAUCAGCUAUGUAGACUGCUUUAAGGAUCCUGGUCCUCAUGGGAAUGGGAGGUACUCAGAUCACAUGUUACCUGAAGUUGAGGUGAAGGACUUUAGAAAGGGUGCACAGUGGUUUUCUAUGAAGCGGCAGCAUGCUGUUAUAGUUAUGGCUGAUUACCUGUAUUACUCAAAAUUUCGGUCUUACUGCCAGCCUGGUUUGGAGGGGCGGAAUUGCAUUGCUGAUGAGCAUUACUUGCCAACCUUCUUCCAGAUUGUUGAUCCUGGUGGAAUUGCAAACUGGUCUGUAACCCAUGUUGACUGGUCUGAAAGAAAAUGGCACCCAAAAUCAUAUAGGGCUCAGGAUGUUACUUAUGAGCUUUUGAAGAAUAUCACGUCCGUAGAUGUUAGUGUACAUGUCACCAGUGAUGAGAAGAAAGAAGUGCAAAGUUGGCCUUGCUUGUGGAAUGGGAUUCAGAAGCCAUGUUACCUAUUUGCUAGGAAGUUUACUCCUGAAACACUGGAUAAAUUGUUGCAUCUAUUUUCCAAUUAUUCAACACCUUGAACUUGAAUCCUCUCAGCUAGUUUGAUCGAUUCUUUGGUCAGAUAAGUUGUUGCUUUUGGCCCUCAUAUUGGUUUCUCAUGUGACAUGAGAGUUGUAAAUUGCAGCAUUAUUGAGGCUUGAUCGCCUGUCGGCCGCUGAUGCUGAUGUUGGGUUCAAGGUAAACUGACAUUGCCGUUAGGGUUGUGACCGGACACUGACAGGAGGCUAACGAUUUAGUGUCUCUUCCUCGGGGAUUGUUGGAUGACAAAUUAUAUUUUUCCCUUCCAUUUUUUGUUAUAUAAGUUUUAUAUUUAACAUGGUAAAUUUUGGGGGAAUCAUAUCAGCUCAUCUAAUUCUUGUUGAUCUUUGUAACUUUCCAAGUGUUAAAGUUGAAAAAGUACAAUUCCUUUUUGUCUGUCUAUUCACAAGUUCAUUGCUUAACUAUGAUGAUGAUUAUGUUGCCGGAA